GCUGAGAAAGCUCUUGAUGUUACUAGAGUUUUCUCGAACUUUCCGAAAUGCUUCAAAAAGGGAGGAUCAUGUUCCUGAAGAGUCAGAAGUUUAACACCAACAAACUGAACACGACUGAGGCUUUAAUCGAGGACGAUUCGCACCUUCGUCAAACUUCUGGUGAGGUUUAUUAUUUUUAACCUGCAGGUUUAUUUCCAGAUGGUGAAAAUGGGAAAGGAUUAUUACAGCAUUUUGGGGAUUCAGAGAGACGCGUCUGAGGACGAGAUCAAGAAAGCGUACCGUAAACAAGCUUUAAAGUUUCAUCCGGAUAAAAACAAGUCCCCAAACGCUGAAGAGAAGUUCAAGGAGAUCGCGGAAGCCUACGACGUGUUGAGUGACCCGAAAAAGAAGGACGUCUAUGACCGGUUCGGGGAAGAAGGGCUAAAGGGCAGCACUGGUGGAGGCGGUGGUGGUGGGCCAAAUGGCCCUGGCUUUUCAUACACCUUCCAGGGUGACCCACAUGCCAUGUUCACCGAGUUCUUUGGUGGGCGGAACCCCUUUGAGCACAUCUUUGGUCGUGGCAUGGAAGAUAUGGAUGUGGACGAACCGUUCGCAAGCUUUGGCAUGGGUGGUGGGCACCAUUUUCCGAGGAGGGGUAAAAAGCAGGACCCGCCAGUGACCCAUGAACUCAAAGUCAGCCUGGAGGAGGUGUUCAGUGGUUGCACCAAGAAAAUGAAAAUCUCACGGAGCAGACUGAACCCAGACGGCUGCAGCACACGCACAGAGGAAAAGAUCCUCACUGUGGAGGUAAAGAAAGGCUGGAAAGAGGGAACCAAGAUCACCUUCCCUAAAGAGGGUGACCAGAAACCAAACAACAUCCCAGCUGACAUCAUAUUUGUUGUGAAGGAUAAAGCGCAUCCGGUGUUUAAGAGAGACGGCUCAAACCUCAUCUACCAAGCCAAGAUCUCGCUCAAAGAAGCUCUCUGUGGUUGUACAAUAAAAGCCCCGACUCUGGACAAACGCACGAUUUCCCUACCAAUGCAAGAUGUCAUCAUUCGUCCCGGGAUGAAGCGGCACAUCACAGGCGAAGGCCUUCCUUUGCCAAAGAACCCUGAACGGCGCGGAGAUUUAAUCGUUGAGUUUGAAGUGAAAUUUCCAGAGAGACUGAGCGAGGAUGCCAGGGGCACCAUUGCACGGGUUUUACCCUCAUAAUGAUUUUACACGAUAUUGCGUCCACUGACUGAAAGCUGCGACGCAUAAACUGUAAACUGAGUAAUGCUAAACUGCAAGAUGGCGAGUCCUCUGGUGUAAUCUUAAAACUCUGUAAUGCUGGAGGAUAUUCCAUGAAGUAAGCAGACCUGAAGAGGCAGGCUUAUUUCAAUGGUCCUGGCUUGUUUCUCUCAAUUCCCUUUCUGUGAAGGAAGCUGAACUUAAAUUUAGCUCAGCUACUGUGGCAAUGUGUGCUUUUCGACAAGGCUGCUUAGGCUGAUGUUAAAUGAACGAUAAUACGUUGAAUUAUUUGGUUCUCUUGGCCAUUUUCUGGCAGGCCAGGCAGAUUCUAUGCCUUUAUUAAUACUCAGGAUAUUUCUUUUUUUUUCAUCAUGUCUUGUAGCAUUUAAUGAACAAUCUCUGCGUUGUGGGGUUUCUCGCUGUUUUAAAUUGAUGUCUUUGUUAGUUCUGAUUUCUGUAAUUGAUUUUCAGGACAGCACAAGUGUUGUUUAUAGUCAUGGCAUGAGCCUUGAUUUAUAUAGCUUCUCUGGAAUUAGCUUAAACAUGUUGCACCUGCAUUUUUGUUAGUGAAACAAAAAUCCAUCAGGUUCAUGGUUUAUAAAUAGCCUCCCUUUCUCUCUCCUGUAUGCUCUUCGGCAGUUUGGGAUUUUAAAUAUUUUUUUGUAUAUUUGUUGGUGAGCUGAGUCUUUUUACUUUGAUUUUACUUUGGACACACUGAACACAUUUUCAUGCAUUCUGAUAUGGUACUGAUGUCAGUGCUCUAUCUUACACAGGUGUCCUCACUGUGACUCAUCUGUGUUUGUGCUUCAAUGGUGGACUGGAAAAGGCAAUGUUAAUUGAAACAGAUUGUGACUAGUGCUAUUGUGCAAAAUGGCAAAUCUGGUCACAUGGUAAUACAGGUGGAUAGCAGGCCAGAGUCUGAUGCAGUUACUCUAUAUUACAUUGAUGCAUUAUAUAGUUUUGCAACACUGAAGGAAUAGUGAUUGUGUGGGAGCAACCAGUGUAUACAGGAACAUCUUCACUGUGUAAAUGAAUCUCACAGUUUGGCCAAAGAUAGAUAGUCAUUAAUACGUUGUGUAUAAAAACAUAGCACUUUAUAUCCAGAUUGUUAAAACAAAUGUGUGGGGUUUUUGUACAUGCAUUUUGGAAAGCUGUAAGAGUAGUAAACCAGAAAAUAUAAGCUCAACAUGCCAUCUCCACCCAGUUUAAGCCUUACAGCUCUUAGUGUAUGUAUGAAUGAAUGAUGAGUUUAACCCUAUGGGUGUGUGUUUCUGUCUGAUUCACCCUAGGUGGAUCAUAAUGAAGCUCAAGCAAAAAUAAUGGAAUAUUUUUUUUCUCAGCACCUGCGAAUCGUCAUCUAUCAUGUAUGUGCUUAUGAUGACAAUAAGAGCUGCUCAAUGACACUCAUUACUCUAGAUGUACACUAGCAGGUUGUGUUCUGUGCAAGAUCAUCCAGAUUAACAGUGAAGCUUUUAUGGUUCUUUAUGGGUACUAAUUUAGAAAGAGAUGGCACAAAAAGAAAAUCAGUCUCUUUACUGUGUUUAUAUUGUUUUUAACAGUUUCUCAUUCCUGCUUUAAUGCUCUUUGUUUUUCUUUUCUUUAGCGUGGGAUUUAAUAUAAAAGUGCCAAAAAUGUAUAAUCUGCUCUGCGAGGCCAAAAGCAAUGUAGUGUAUAAAUGACUCCUUUAUUUUGGGGAAAAUAAAGAAAUUGCCGUUUCGUAUUUUUCAA